AUGAAAUCAAUUGCUAUUCUCGUACUACUUGUCCUAUGUAUCGGUGCUCUAAACGGUGCCAAACGUAGAGUCAGACAAACAGCCAAAUUGCAGUUCGACCCAAAAAAGUCAUACGAUUUUACCGACAAAGUUGUAUUGACUACCGGUUCGAGCAGUGGUAUCGGCGCUGCAAUUGUCAAACUAUUUGCUCAAUUUGGAGCCAAUGUAGUGGUCACCGGUAGAAACGUUACGGAAAUACAAAUAGUGGCCAAUGAAUGUCAAAAUCUAUCGCCAAAAAAACUAAAGCCGUUACAAGUGGUGGCCGACAUCUCAAACGAUAAACAAUUAACUGAUUUGCUAAAGAAAACAAUCGAUACGUACGGAAAGUUAGAUGUGUUGGUCAACAACGCCGGUAUCGCCCCGUUGUCGAUGUUAAACGAUACUAAAUUUAUGUCAAUAUUUGAUAAGGUUAUGGCUGUCAAUCUGAGACCAUACGUUGAGCUUAGCUAUCUCGCUGCACCGUAUCUACAAAAAACUAACGGUACUAUCAUUAGCACAUCGAGCAUCGUAUCAAUGGUACCGGUAUGUACAGUAGUAAUGCCAUAA